AUGGUGGCAACGAUUCUCAUAACAGGAUUCUCUCGAGGGCUAGGCUUGGCUCUUGCUGCCGAGUUCUCGAAGGCUGGUCAUUUGGUCUUUGCAACUGCUCGAGGCGAUCCCACUCCCGCCCUUGAAGAAUUGAUAAAGUCAUCUCAAGCACCGUUCAAGUACAUAAAGCUCGAUGCCACCAGUAGAUCAAGUGUACAAGAAGCAGAGAGGCAGGUUGCUGCCCUCUUGGACGGCAAAGGCAUCGAUGUUUUAAUCAAUAAUGCUGGAGUAAUAAAUUGGAUGACGACUGGAAUACAUGCCAUGGAUGAUCUUGAUUCCGUACUCAAUUCGAAUGUCACAAGCGCUCAUAUCGCCACCAGCACAUUUCUUCCUCUCUUAAAGCGAGGCACCCAGAAGAAAGUCAUCAACAUGAGCAGCAGUGGUGGUUCAAUCGAGCGGUCCCAUGUUUACAGUACCAUGGCAAUUCCGGCCUACAAAGUUUCAAAGGCCGCCUUGAACAUGCUUACAGUUCAGUAUGCGCAGUCUUAUGCCGAAGAAGGGUUUACUUUCCUUGCAGUCAAUCCUGCUGGCUUCGAACUGAUCUAGGAGGCGCCUCCGCAGAUCUCGAUGUAGAAACUGGCGCAAAGGCUGUUGUUGAACUUAUCGAAUCAAA